GAGGCCGAACAUUGGAAACUACAGAGUCAUCAGUUCCCCAGCAAAGUUGGAGGCAAACCUGCAUGGUUGAGUCAGUUGGACAUCCCAAGUUCACUUACCAACUCAUCCAGAGUUAACGUUAGCAUGUGGAAAAUGCCAACUUCCUACAGCAUUUCUCUUGCAGGUUUACGCUCCAAUACCUGGACAGGAUAGAAGUUUUCACCGAACUUUUUUUGUAUUCUGCUAUUCAGAAAAUGACAGCCGUUGCCUGAAAGGUAAAUAGCCAUUAACUGCAGCAAAGAACACCAGACCAUAGACUAGAAACACUGUCAUAAGAAAGAGUGUUGCAAGCAAGGUGAUUAUGCUGCUCCCCUAGACCAGGGUUUCCCAAACUCUGUCCUGGGGUCCCCCACUGAAAGAUAUACAAACUUUCAAUUAAUGUUAAGUGCCGUCCAAUGCAGUGCCUUCCUCAUUCCUGUUUCCAGAGUCAGAACUGGUCACAGAGCCUGAGGAACAUCAGAAAGAGUCAAGUGAAACAGUGGGGGACGCACAGAAUAGCAUGGAAUGCACCUCCUUAGUUGAUGGUAAAACGUUAUUAGACUGCAUUGCAUUUACUUAUCUAGUCCUUUCAGACCCAGUAACAUUAAGGCGGGUCAUCAAAACCAGAGGGAAGGGAGAUUGGACCCAGCCUAAAUAUUAGUCUGUAAAUUAUUGCCAUUUCUGUUGUGUGAAAGUAUUAAUCUUUUUCCACAGAUUUGGCAGAGACAGAACUUGAAGACAUGGCCAUGCAUGAAACCGAAGAUGGCAAAGUGUUCCAGAAGUUUAAACAGAGGAUUAUGUCAGAGCCACAUCAGGUUAUAACACAAUUUAGGGACAUACUUUUGUAUAUAUAUUGUAUGUGGACACCCAUUCAAAUUUGUGGAUUUGGCUAUUUCAGCCACACCCAUUGCUGACAGGUGUCCUCGGUUGCAACACUCACUACCGAGUUUCAAACUGCCUCUGGAAGCAAUGUCAGCACAAUAACUGUUUGUCAGGAGCUUCAUGAAAUGGGUUUCCAUGGCCGAGCAGCCGCAUACAAGCCUAAGAUUACCAUGCGCAAUGCCAAGUGUCGGCUGGAGUGGUGUAAAGCUUGGUGGAUGCCAGGAGAAGUUUGGGGAAGGCCCUUUCCUUUUUCAGCAUGACAUUGCCCCCGUGCACAAAGCAAGGUCCAUACAGAAAUGGUUUGUCGAUUGGUGUGGAAGAACUUGACUGGCCUGCACAGAGCCCUGACCUCAACCCCAUCGGAAACACCUUUCGGAUUAUUUGGAAUGCUGACUGCCAGGCCUAAUCGCCCAACAUCAGUGCCCUCACUAAUGUUCUUGUGGCUGAAUGGAAGCAAGUCCCCACAGCAUGUUCCAACAUCUAGUGGAAAGUCUUCCCAGUAGAGUGGAUGAUGUUACAGCAGCAAAGGGGGGACCAACUCCAUAUUAAUGCCCAUGAUUUAGGAAUGAGAUGUUUGACGAGCAGGUGUCCACAUACUUUUGGCCAUGUAGUGUAACUCUCCAAGCAGAAUCCUCAGACAAGAAGUGCAUCAAAAUCACUCGAAUAUUUAUUUGCAAUUAAUCUGGUUUUUAAUUAAGACCUAGGGCUCGAUUCAAUCCAUAGCACUGAAGACCUAGGCUACAGCGGAAUAGAAACGUUAAAGGCAAUGGCCUGCGUUAGUGGAGAUUGCAUUCACGGUAAACGCAAACGCUGCAUGUCGCCUCAAAUGGAAAUUACCUUUACAUUUAAAUCGCGUUACAGCGCAGAUCUUCAGCGCUACGGUUGAAUGAAGCGCCUAAUCUCUUGUGGACAUACGCACGUGACAUAGGAUGGUAUCGUAGAGUCUGUCAACACUGGGAUGCGACGACUAACGAGGAGCUUUCAACACUGGGAUGCGACGACUAACGAGGAGCUUUGUUCUGGUGCGAAUAUUUUCACUGAUCAUUUGGACAAAUCACGAUUUUGCAGGUGUUGGCAUCUUUCGACUUUCGAAAGGGGUGGGGACAUUUGGCCAAUGCUUUAGCUGAGAGUUUCCAUUUAGGGCGGUGGAGAUUUCGCUAGUCUCUUUAGUAUCUUUUCUCAUACAUCUCCCUCCAGAACCUAAUCACGCAAGAUUUUUGUUCUGGGUUUACGAGAUUACUAAAGACCAUAACGUUAUUGUAGGUUUUGCGAUACUGUAGAAGUGGCUCUCCUCUUUGGGUUUCGUCUGAACACGUUCCUGUGGUUCAAGGCGUAUCCAAUUUGUAAGUCGCUCUGGAUAAGAGCGUCUGCUAAAUGACGUAAAUGUAUCUAAGAAUUUCAGGUAUUUGCAAUAUGUAAAUGAAGAGCCUAUUUACUGGACCCAGAUUAAGCCUAUUCUCGGACUGAAAAGUACUCACUGGAAAUAUUUUAUCCAGGACUGAGUUUAAUCUGGGUCUGGAAAACAAGACCUAAAUGUUUAAACAUCUAAGGCUUGCUUUUAUACAUUAAUUAUGUGCUGAUAUUGUGUUUUGCAUCCCAUCAGGUCAUGCCCCAGCUACUGAAUGACUGGAAAGUGGACAGCCCUCAUGCCAGUAUAGACUGGGGAAUCUUGGCUGUCUACACAUGUGCUGACAACUGUGACCAAGUCAACAAGUACUCUUCAGAAUUCAUCUGGAAACAAGAUUUCAAAGGAGAACAGAAAUUGUUA